AUUGCAUGAAAAUGAUAAUGGACUGAUUCACCUCGACGAAGUUCUCUUUCGAAUUCGAUGACACAGGGCUAGAGAAUGCCACCGAAGACGUCCAACAGAAAAGCCAGAUACCUUGUAUCUUCGGUCGCCCUAUGCUUGCUAUCCAUGUACCUGAUGAGCUCGUUCCUCUCUAUGGACUUCAAGAUAGUCGAACUUGUCUUCCAGAACGAGACCUACCACGUCGAAAAGGAGUUCAUAAAACAUCGUGGAGCAUACCCAAAGAUGGUUCGGAAACGAAGUACUACCACGCCGAAAUACGUCACUACGACGCCAUCGUCGACUUCAACGCCGCCAACGACAACACUGCUUACUACAAUAAUCUCGUCUACGACGACUAUCCCGUCCACGACGACUACGGCAACGACGACUACGACCUCAUCCAAAACAACCAAAACCAACAAACCGUCCACGCCAACUACAGUACACCAAUCGUCCACGACAACUCCGGCAACGACGACUAUGUCCUCUUUCACAACAACAAGUACCCAAAAACCGUCCACGCCGACUAGAGUACACCAAUCGUCAACUUCUGCUAAUCCGUCUCAAACUAAUAGUGCUACAACCGUCAGGAAAACUAGAACGACAAUUCAAUCAACGAGCAGAUCGCCUGCAACUGUUUCCGCCACAACUGCAAGAGUCACAACCGUCCACAAGCUGACUACAAAUGCCUUAACAGCUACUCCUACAACUACUGCCAAGACCGUGUCAUCCACAAGGACAGUGUCUACUGCUGAAUCCACAACCGUAAUAACACAAGCGCCAAAACCAACUAAGUCAAAGAUAACGGAUAAAAUGGUCUUAUCAUUCAAAACUCGAGAACUUUCGAAAAAAGACCAUGACAUUUUGAUUGAUUUAGUUAAAGUUUUUAUAGCCGUUGCUAAUGCGCACAACUGGACGUACUUCAUGUACGGCGGCACCACUAUCGGCUCCAUCCGCCAUCAUGGAUUUAUUCCUUGGGAUGAUGAUAUAGAUUUCUUAAUAAACACCACACAUGUUACAGAACUCAAAGAGGUGUUUAAGAAAAUGGAGCCAAAAUACACCGUUCAUGACAGAGGCAAUGAUCCAAUACUAAAACUAUUCUCAUCAGAUUCCUACAUCUGUCCCAGGAGUCAUUGCAAAUGGAAAUGGCCUUUCGUUGACUUGUGUUUCUUCACCGAAAAUAGUACUCAUAUCUGGGACACGAAUAAGUAUUUUAGCCAUCAGAAGCUUAGGAAAGCGGACACAUUCCCUGUUCAUUUAAGACCCUUUGAAGGUUUGUGGAUAAAAGCGCCGAAAAUUUCAUUACGAAUGAUACAGGUGAUAUACGGUGUUUCGGAUGUCUGUAAAACUCAUUCAUAUGCCCACGCCAAAGAAGUAAGUGGGCAAAAGGUCUAUAGCAUUACAUGUAAACGCUUAAAGGACGUCUAUCCAUUUGUAUUUAGGCGCUGGGUAGAUGGGAAAAUGGAAGAAACGUUGCGACUGGGGGAUGAGAUUUUAGACAUUCAACUCGUAGAGCACGAACUACCGUCCACGGUGACGAAACCUUACAGCACUUUACCAAUAAAUGGGUUUUGACCAC